UCCUGGCUGGCUAGUGGCGGUUGAUGGUUUGUGGUCUUAGGUGGGAAAUCGGGAGGAGCUGCCGCCAACGCCACAUUUCCGCGCCUCCUAUCGCGAACUUUUGAGGGCGGGCAGACGAGUCGAAGACUCUACAUUGCUGUCUCAUAUUACCUACUAAUCAGCCUGCCUCAAGGUAACCAUGAAAGAGAUGAGGUAGCCGCUCACGAGCGUGCUAGAAUCCAACUUCAAAUGGAUACAAAAUAUAAAGACGAUGUAUUUAGGAAGUAUGUACAAUUUCAUGAAUCGAAAUUGGAUACAUCCGACAAGAAGCAGCGCCCAGUUAGUGAUGAGUAUCUACAAGUGGCAGCUUCCGCCUUACUCUGCUUUCCCAAGAUUGAUCCCUUUUAUAGAUUCCGGUUGAUUAAAUUUUAUGAGAUUGCUGAACGUUCACUUAGGUCCUUGAAAUCUUCAAGUUUGCGUUCGCUCCAGAAUGCAUUCAGUAUGCUGGAAUCAGUUGGAGUUAAUCUUUUUCUUUACCCUUGGAAGAAGGAAUUCAAAAAUAUAAAGACUUACACAGGACCCUUUGUUUAUUUUGUGAAGUCUACAUUACCUGAUGAGGAUAUAAGACAGAUACUAAACUCAAUGGGAUAUAUCCAAGAACUUGGAACUAUGUAUAAACUCAAAGACCUGGUUGAUACUCUCCAGGUAAAGAUGGUAUCAUUUGAACUUUUCUUGGCCAAAAUAGAGUGUGAACAGUUGAUUGAAAUUCAUUUGCAAGUGAAGGAUAAAGGUUAUUCGGAACUUGACAUUGUAAAAGAGAGAAGAAAUAGCAAUGAUGAUGUCCGAAGCUGCUCAGAUGCUUUGAAACGUCGUGCAGAAUGCAAAGAGAAUCUAAACGCUUCCAUGUCACGAAUGGUACUACAGAAAUCUGCUAGUGAAAGAGGCUCUAAAGAUUAUUUCAAACCCAAAGUUAGCAAACCUUCUAAAUCAGUGGACACAUAUGAUAGUUAUUUGGAAAAUAAGAAGCCACCUUUGAUGACAUCAUUGAGUCUCAGAAAAGAGCCUAUUUUAGUUGAUACCGAAGAUGACAUUAAAGAUGAAAUAAUUCGCCCUUCACCAUCUCUUCUCGCCAUGUCAAGUUCUCCCCAUGGAUGUUCUGAUGAAUAUUUGCCAGUUUCAUCCCAUGCCCAUGCCAAUGGUAUAUUAAGAACGGGUAUUCCAUAUGGUACUUACUACUCCCCUCAAGAUGAUUUAGAUUUAUAUACUGACCCUGAUUCUAGAAGUGUGUUUAAGAGACAAGAAUCCACUAAACAUGAUGUAUGGCUGCUAAAAAAUGAUCCCAACCCGACUUACCAUAAACGUCCACAUUUAGCCAAAGAGACCACUUCCCUAAAGUGCCAAAACUGUGGAUUAACUUGUGGCACGUCCAUGUGCCCAAAGUGUGACAACUUGCUGAUCUGCAGGCAGGAAUAUCCAGCAAUGAAACAGAGCAGUUAUUCGCUCAAAACUCUUUCGGGUGAAGGCAUAUCGUCUGGAUCCACUGUAAGGGAAAAGCCGCCGUAUAUGUUGCAGGCUCAAGACCGAGCCUCUCAGUUCAGUUCAAAAUCCAAGCCUUCGGGUUCUUCACGUUGUGGCUUUUGCAACCGUUCAGGAGCUACAAACACAUGCACUUUUUGUUCAAAGGUUUCCUGUGAUGCUUGCCUCAGUGCUUACUAUUACGAUCCCUGCUGUCGAAAAAGUGAGCUCCACAGGUUUUUGCCAAACAAUCAGUUAAAUUAUAAAUCAAACCAGCUAUCGCACCUGGUUUAUAGGUAGAUUUUUUGGGGGUGUUUUUUCUAAAAGUUCUGUAUUUUGGGACAAAAGGGCUAAAAACACAACCAUUCUGGUGUUGCUGGUAAGACGUAUCAUCCUACUGACCUCUUAGGAGAAAAAGUAGACAUGCCCUAGUAUUAGAUAAAUACAUCUUAACAUAGGUGCCAGUCCUUGAUGUGAUUUCACAAAUGUAUUUGCUGCUGCUGCUACUCUGUUAGCUGACUCUUAGCUGCUUUUCCAUUUCGAUCGGACUGAAGAGCAUUUUUUUUCAUUUUCCUAGAAGCAGACAGGUGUUGCAAUUCAUUUUUCCCCUAGAAAGGCAUCACAUGUCUGUGUUUCAUUGUUACUAGCUCAUCCACAAAACACAGCAUCAGAGUAGUAACUAAAAAGGCAACCAAGGAUUUUCAGCGAAUUGUGAAAUUGUUUUGGUAAUUGGCACGAAAUAUUCAUAAACUUGUUUUUGCCAAACAUGAUUU